CCUGACAUGCUCAAAUAACUGACUCCGCCCCCCCACCCCAACCGUCGAAUGACAAGUGUGCAUCCGAGGGCGGGGCUUGCCUCAGUCUCUCCUGAUUGGCUGCUGGAUGGAAUUGAGGUGAAUGGAACACAUGCCCAACGAGCAGGACUCUAACCCAUCAGAGGGAGAAGAGAAACGGUGGCUCAAUGGCCCGAAGAGGAAGAGAAAGAACAGCCAAUGUUCGGUGAAGAGUGUGACUGGGUACAUACCUAGCUACCUCGAGAAGGACGAGCCAUGUGUGGUAUGUGGGGACAAAGCUACCGGCUAUCACUACAGAUGCAUUACCUGUGAAGGCUGCAAAGGUUUCUUCCGCAGGACUAUUCAAAAGAACCUCCACCCCACCUACUCCUGUAAGUACGAUGGCUGCUGCAUCAUCGACAAGAUCACACGCAACCAGUGUCAGCUAUGCCGCUUCAAGAAGUGCAUCGCGGUGGGCAUGGCUAUGGACUUGGUGUUGGACGACUCGAAGCGUGUGGCCAAGAGGCGUCUCAUAGAGGAGAACAGAGAGAAGAGGAAGAAGGAGGAGAUGGUGAAGUCGCUGCAGGUCCGCCCCGAGCCUACGGGGGCAGAGUGGGAGCUAAUCCGCCUGGUCACCGAGGCGCACCGGCACACCAAUGCUCAGGGCGCACACUGGAAGCAGAAACGCAAAUUCCUGCCAGAGAAAAUUGGCCAGUCCCCCAUUGCCCCCUCGUCGGACGGAGACAAAGUGGACCUGGAAGCCUUCAGCGAGUUCACCAAGAUCAUCACUCCCGCCAUCACCCGCGUCGUUGACUUUGCCAAAAAACUGCCCAUGUUCUCAGAGCUGCCUUGUGAGGACCAGAUCAUCCUGUUGAAGGGCUGCUGUAUGGAGAUCAUGUCUCUGCGCGCCGCCAUGCGUUACGACCCCGACAGUGAGACGCUGACCCUGAGCGGAGAGAUGGCUGUGAAGAGGGAGCAGCUGAAGAACGGAGGGCUGGGCGUGGUGUCGGACGCCAUCUUUGAUUUGGGCAAAAGCCUGGCGCAGUUCAACCUAGACGACACAGAGGUGGCACUGUUACAGGCCGUGCUGCUCAUGAGUUCAGACCGCUCGGGCCUCACAUGCAUGGACAAAAUCGAGAAGUGCCAGGAGACAUACCUGCUGGCGUUCGAACACUACAUCAACUACAGAAAGCACAACAUUCCCCAUUUCUGGCCCAAGCUCCUCAUGAAAGUGACCGACCUGCGCAUGAUCGGGGCCUGCCACGCCAGCCGCUUCCUGCACAUGAAGGUGGAAUGUCCAAACGAACUCUUCCCACCCCUCUUCCUGGAAGUCUUCGAAGACCAGGAGGUUUGAAAUCACCACAACAACACAUUGGAAAGGGAAGAGGCUGAAAGAUCGGGAAGUAGGGCCGCCAUUUUGUUUUUGAAAAAAGUUGACUCCGACGGCAGGAAUCGCGACAUAUACGUGGUUUUGAAACUGGAACAACUGACGAAUCCACAACUCACCAGCAAAAAGAGAGUCAACCAACAGGGCUUUUGUUUUACCUCCUCCUUUUUACGCUUUUUUUGAAAACCGAAAAUGGGGGCCCUUCUGUCUGAGCAUGAUGUCUUAUUUAGUCCGAGUUGUAGCCAUUUUGCCAAGAACGCAUAUAUAUAUUUAUAUAUAUAUAUCUAUAUACAUGUAACACGACAAAACAAACCCACACCUCAGUCCUUCAUAUAGGGGACCGCUUCACCCCGUCCGAUUCGAUGUAGUCCUUUUAUACAUCACUGAUUUUUUGUUUUGUUGUUUUUUUACAUACAUAUUUCCAGCUUCCUUGCUAACCAGCACCUCUCAGUAUUAUGUCUGAAGUGUUAAGACAAACUAUACAAUACAAACAUACGCACACUUACAUUCAGCAAAACACUGCACGUUGAAAAUUUCAGCUUUGUCGUACAAUGGCUGCUGUAAAAGCAAACCUACCAGACCUAACUAUAUCUGAGCCGUUACAGCUGAUAUGGAGCUCCUCGACUUAAAUACAUGUCUCAACUGGUGCUAUACUUUACAAAGCUCCUCCAGUUUUAUAAUUGUGUUAUCUACUUGCAGACCAUGGCUCCAUAUCUACCUUCAUGUGUGUCAUUGGACUGUCUCCGGUGGCACACACACACAGACACAGAUACACACACACACACACACACACACACAGAAGUUAGUAGACCUGCUUUGUCAUUGCCUUCGCUGCCUUUGCCAGCAGCCGAGCAUCUUAUGAAUGACAAUUAAGUCCUUCUCUGUUCAAGGAGGCACUAACGGAAGAAGGAGAGGAGAGAGGGAUGGAGACACUUAGGAGGCCAGCAGAGCCAUGUGGAAAUAAGAUUUAAUAGUCGGUGUGAGAUGCAGAGCCAGGGGUCAGAGUAGAUGUAUGCUUCAGAGGAGGGCUUAAAAGCAGCAGAAGGCAGCAGAGCUCAUGUUACAGACACUUCUCUAUCUCCUCUAAACAAACAGCACCACCUCAGAGUAACGAGAAUGCCUCAUUUACUGUUCACACUGCAGCUCAGCAGUGUCUGUAUGCGCCCAUACCUGCAGGGUGUGGGGUCCUCCUAUUGGGGGACCUCUCUCAGUGCGGCCCGUCCAGGCUGAUCACACACAUGCCUUUAACCACGGGCCUCACUGAGUGCAGGCUAACGCCAAGAAGGCUACUACAUUUACCUCAGACACACCCCGGGCUGCGCCCUGUGCUGUCAGGCACUACCUCACUCUGGACACAGGGCCGACACACACAGUCCAGUGUCACACACACGUACAGUCGUACACACACCUCAGUGCUGGUUUUAUGUGAUACCACUGAAGACAGGAGGGCCAGCCAUGCCCACACGGAGGGCAUGGUACCCAUACAUUUGGCUUGUGUUUUUGUUUUUAUGUGGGACCAAGUGUCACCCAGAAGGACACUGCGGAUGUCCCGCCCAGCGGACACCCAACAAAGCCAGAUCCGAGAGUAACUCAAACCCACAAGGCCACGCCCACUCGAAUAGAAAUGCAUAGAAAUGGCUUGAACAUCUUCCGGUACACUUCUGAUCAGCCACUGGAUAUUGUCCAAUUUUUUACAAUUACUCAACAGAAGCUUUUUUGGUCUUCACGUUCUACCGGUGCUCACGAAAAUAACUCCAGGUCCACUGCUAUGUCCACAGCAGUACUCACUACUCUCAGACACAAAGGCAGAUUACUGUAUAAUUUCAUCAGAAGAGGCCACUCUGUUCAUUCCAAUUCUUGGGGCCAAGCCAAAACUAACUGGGUUUACCACUCACUGCGUUGGAACAGGACAAAAAUAGAGACUGAAAUUGUUUCAUAAUUGAUGCCAAGCAGUAGACGAUACUGAGCACUUAACGAUGGCUAUUGUGCACCUCUCAGAAGACACCAGUGUGAAAUCAUAACCGCUCAAAGAUGGCUGCUCCUCACUGCUUCAGUUUUGCAGGUCUUUGGAGAAAGUGGAACGGCACAACAUCAAAUCGAAUCUCAUGCAAAUCCCGAGCCUCCCCGUCUGAUGUGACCCUCUCUGUGUCGUCGCCCCUGCAGCCAGGCUGCAUGGAGGUUUUUGCACUACCGCAAUCCCCCAAAAAACCCCAAAACUUAAAUCACUUUGAGAAACCAUACGCCUGCAUAUGUGACCCUUCCUCAGGCGUUUGCAACUGCUCUGUUAAACAGAACAGCUCCUGUGGGCCCAGUCCCAAACCUGUCCCAAGCCUGUCCCCCAGUCUCAGUAUUCAAACACAAAUAACUGGAUUCAAGGGAUGAGAGAUCUUUCUGGUUUUCCUCGCCUUUGCUCCCUUUUUUCAAAUCAUCCCUCUCUGAUUCCCUCCCAACUCAAAUAUGCAGUUUGUCCCAGAAAAAUAAUUGAACCCAACCCAAAAACCUAGGCCGUUUUCCUUGUGAGACAAGGCUGGCCAAAAGUGAAUGAAUGUGAAACAAGCGGUGACGGAGAGCGAGAAUGUGCGCAUGUACGAGACGAGAGUUUGGGAUUAUGGAUUCUUUUUGAAAAACGCAGAGGGCUUAAAAAGAAACCCUCACUGCCAUUAGAGACAUGGAUGCGAACCACGGGAUGGUUGUGAAGACAUUGUUAACUGGAGAAGGGAGGCACAGGAAUAUUAUGUACGCGCUCCCUUCUCAACGCAACUCAUCCCUCAGACAGCUGACAACCCUUCAGCGUACCCCUCAGCUCCUUCCAAACAGGAUAGUGAAAAUGUCUAAACUGAAGCAAAGUCAAAGAGGAAAUUAUAGAGAUGCAGGUUUGAAAACAUGUCUUUGUAAAAGAACAGUACGAAAGAAGAAGAGGAGAAGUAUCGAUGUGUCCUUCGUUGUGAGCUGACUGGGUAUGUGUGCGACACUCGGGGUUACGACGCUGCUUGAUUAGAAAAAGAAAAAAGCUAUAAGAAAUGAGUAUAAAUCCAUGAAACAAAAAUGAAAAGAUGACUUUAAAAGACUCCUGAACAAAAAUUAUAGGAGAUUAAGCUUUUUUCAUUUUAUCAUUGUUUUUGUAUUUUUUUUCUCUGUUUUUUGAUGCUUAAAAACUGCUCUGUGUAAAAGAUAAAAAAUACAGCUGUAGUCACUUUUGACCAUGCGUGCAGUGUAACAGAAAAACUAUUUCACUUCUUUUCCACAUCUGUAGUUUGUGUUGAUAAGCCAACUGAUUUGUCCGUGUGUCCGUCCCCUUUUAUCAAGAGGAAUCUUUCAAACAACAAAACAGGAAUCUUUUUUUUUUUUUUUUUUUUCUUUUUUGUAUUUUGUUUGUUGUUUUUUUAAUGAAAUACAACUUUGGAAAGAAAAGUUUAAAAACACAAAACACAAAAAAAUGAUACAAAGAAAAAAUACUAAUAAAAAAAGUUACACAAUCUUAUCAUACCUCACACAACACGAAACUCAAAGGAACUUGGGAGGAGUCAUAUUUUGCAGGCACAUGUACAAGUGCAAAAAUGCAUAUAUUAAAAAGUCUAUGUUCAGAUAAUACUUGCUUGUCUGUACGCAUCAGUACAAGUUACAAAAGAAACGACUUUAUCGAGCUAUGGGGCCUUUUCGAAAAUUGGACUAAGGCGGGGGCAAUGGGGAUGCACACAUUGGUGACGUCCUGUUAUGAGGCACAGCAGAUGGCAGAUUGUAGACCAUUUAAAAACCUAAAAAUGUGAACGCCCCAUAGCUGGAUCGAAGCGGUGACUUUUGUAUUAUUUCUGAGUGUUUUUUGGUAAUGAAUGUAGCUGACAGGAUGGGCCUGGACCUGAGCCCGGUGCCCACAACCUAUAACUUCCACACACCAGCAGAACCAAUAUAGUGGUGUCACAUAGACGUUACCAACCAACCUACAAAACUGAGAAAUAUAUUGCCCGUCUGCAAGGUGCAAUACGAUGUUGUAUGUAUUUUUCUAUGUUCUGUUUUUUGAUUUCCAUUUUUUUUGUUUUUGUUUUCUUUUGGCCAUAACCAAGGAUGUAAAUACAGAAAAAAGAUUUAAUAAUAACAGACCUACAAAACACUCAAUGUACCAAGAUAUAUAAACUACAGUGAACUCAUCCGCUCCAUCCUGAUUGUCAUGUAGCUCAAAGAUGUCUGCUUACAUACAUUUGUCUAUAUAUGUAUGUGUGCACUUUCACUAUGGUGCAUGACGUUAAUCAUUGAAAACCUGUGCCUCCUCUUGUUCACAAAGAGAUAGAUUUUUCUUACCCCUCAUGUUGUCGCAGUGGCACUAGUCUGUGUAGUGUCUAAAUCAGAUUAUAUAAGUCCCCCACUUCCCCGACGACGGAGCUCGCGUUGCCAGCGGCCACAGUGGCAGAAAGGUUAGUGGGGCGCAGAGGGGGAGGGGCAGGGGUCAGGGGAUAUUAAUAGAUGGUACAGGACUUAAAGUGCAUAUGGCAGGUUAGACUUUCACUAAAAUACAGUUCAUGUAAUUACAUUUCAGAUUUUUUAUAAAUUGGUGGAGAUUAUAAUUUUAGAGUAGAAAUGGCAUACGUAGAGUUAAUUCCAUAACAGUUACCUUGCGACUGUAAUGUUAAUAAUGGCCAAAGCUUAACUAAAUUACCCAAAAGUUACAUUUAUUUAGUUAAAUGAAGGUUUAAACUUCCCUUCCUUGAGCAUAAUUGCAUUGGUGACAUAGAUAGAUGUGUUUUUUCUGCAAACUGCCACUUAACUAAUGAAAAACUAUGAUCAAUAUUUGCCACAGGUACUAUCGCUAAACAAAUUAAUAACUAGAAAAACAUGAAAACCUGUCAUAUGCACUUAAAGCAGGUUCAAAAGUGUGUGUGUUGGCGCACGUGGCUGCUGGCUGCAUGGCUCUGUCUCAGGUGGAAAGCGCUCCCCAUUUGACCACCACUGCCUCACUGGAGCCAGAUAGAAAAUCUCACUCGAUGCUAAUCACUAACAAGGAAUGAUUAUGCUUAAUACAGGGUUAGGGCUAUGGUUUAGCGUGCCGGCUGUAUGUUGAUUGCAUUGCUUGUAAUGUAAUGCAAUUUUGUGGCAUCUCAAAACACUACAAAAAUAUAAACCUAACCAUAGCCUGAUGAAAAGCACUUAAAAAUGGUAAGAUUAGAGAUAGAACUUACAAAGUAUCUUCUUGCCUUUUGCUGAAGAGUUACCACAACAGAUUGGCACUGGUUGAUUUAAUUACAUCAGAUGCCAUAAAUUUCCAUAUUUUGCCUUUUGCAUAGGUUUUAGAUCAGAUGCCCUUUAGAAAUGGGUAGUUAAAAUGUAACUUCCAUGUGAAGGUUUUCUAGGCUGGCUCCUUCAUAAAUGCUCCAUGGAUGUUCUGAUCAUGUUUUGUUCUAACAUGUUGACACAUUGGACAAGGGUUAGAGAUUGUCUGUGCUGUUUUAUGGUUUUUGGUUGUGUUCGGUUCCCCCUCCCCUAUGCCAAAUGUAAAGUUUAUGAAGACAUGCAAGUAGCAAGAUGUCUAUGCAAUUUCCCUCUAAGUCCCUCUGAGUGGCUGAACCUCAUUGUUAACAGCGAGCCAGUGUCCGAAUCAGAUCAGGACCAGGCGGUGAAUCCAGAGGUUCUUUGACCCUAAAAAAAGCAAAGACCCUUGCUACUUUGUCCUGGGGCAAGGGUCUGGACUGGCCUAUAGACCGGUCAAGUCCGGGUCCCGAGAACUAGUCGGAGGGGAACUGGGGAUGUUGUGGAGAAUAAGAUGUUUGUAAACUGUUCAGAAAGUUGUGUGUGCGCGUCUAUCUGUCGCUCGGCGGGCUGGGUCUCAUUUCACCAGUGCUCUCAAAUUCAGGUGGGUGGAUCCAACUUUGAAUCAAACAAUUUUCAGCACCUCCAUAAAUCAAAACCUUUCCCAAAAUGUGUGUGAGAAGCUUUAAUGUUUUUACUUUUCCUCGACUAAAGAAAUGUAAUGUCACUGCGGGUUAUGUCAAUCAGUGGGAUCAGUUUACGUCAUCCUUUGCAAUCAGAAAUGUUUAAAAAAAUCGCCCAACUGAAAAGACAACCUGUUGACCCUCUAUUCUUCUGAAGCACUUAAACAAGAAGCACUUUGAAUGCCCCCAACCAAGCCCAUUGAAAAUGGAAGAAUCAUGGUUGAUAUGAGUAUUUCAAUUGCAGCCAAUGCCAAAUGCCCUUUGCACCAUUUGAAUUAGUCUAAGCCUUUAUUAGAAAACAGCCUUCAGGCUAGAGCCGAACGACAAAUUAUUAAGUUUACAAGUAGUUUUAAUGAAGUGCAAUAAGUGAGUGAAUGCUGUGUUUCUGGUCCAAUCAAGUCGUCCUGCCAUUUGUGAACAGAAUUAAUCUUUGGAAAUAGCUUUGUAAAAUUCCCCCUCACCUCGAGAGCACUGGCCCCUCCCCUCCACAGCUCCGAUCCACGCGCACGCCACACACAGACCACUUAUUGUGACUGGGUCAAGGAAGCUAUUGAAGGAUUCUCUCAGGUAAAAGAACAUUUUCUAAUAAAUGAUGAUGAACCUUAGACGAAAACAACAUUGUUACUUGAUGUUUUGUGUCUUCUUGAGUCUGUUCUGUGAUAGUACCUCACCCGUACUUUACAUCCAUUCAUGCUUUUAGUCUGGUUCUGUCCGGAUGGGAAGCUCAGUUUGUCAUGUGACACACCACCAUUUUGAAAAGCCAAUAUUAUUAGUCAGAUUCAAGAUUAUGAUUAUAUUCUCUUUUUCUUAAAGUGCCAGCAGCAAUAUCCAGGUCUGCCAUAUACAAAUACUAUAUCUAGAGUCUUUUACAGUUUUCCUUUUGGAGCUUUCCGUCCACACCCUGGUUUCUCAGUGUGCUAACUUGGCUGUAACAUACUGGAUGGUUUCCGCAUGGCUACCACAUUGAGGCUGUGCAUGUACAUAGGUGCGCAUGUAUCUUUGUUCCCGUGGUGCGUUUGAAUGAAUGUGUGUGCGUACGGCGCUGAUAUCUGACCUGCUUUGCUUUUUGUUACCCCUUAAACCUUUUUAAAAAUAUACACAAAAACAAGCACCUUUUUUGGCCGCAACGCUUUGGUACAAGUUGCGUACUUGUUACUAUUACCUUCGAAGAAUGUAACUCAUUAAGUGUUCACUGGGCUGAGGGGAGGAACAAGACGUAGUGGGAAAUCAAGAGCUGGAGUUGUAAGAUUUGGGCGAUUUUUCAAAGAGUUUUGACAAAUAGGAGACAAAUUGUUGCCAGCAGAGCAGAGAUUACUGCCGCGGUUGCAGUUUGAGGCGUUGUAAUUUUGUUUCUCUUUCCAAAUGAUGGCCUUAUUGAUUGUUGCUGCCUCCUGUGUAGCAUUGUUUUACAACGUGUUAUAGGGCACUAGAGGAUUUUUUCUAGGAGAGAAAUGCAUGCUGUAGAGUCAAUGGGAUCGGAGUGAAUUAGCGUGGCAUUUUGUAGCUGUCCGGGGCCAUCCCUAGAGUGAUUUCAAUAUUAAACAGACACACAUAAAGACCAUAGCUUUGUCAUGUCACUACAAUAGGCGGCAGUGGAGGUAAUGAAGCUCUUGAGAUGCAAACUAAUGCAGCGGAUCAGCAUGCAGGAUCACACGGAACAAAUUGCAAAUUAAACAGCUUUAUAUGACUGUUAUGAGCCAAAUCCUAAAAUUACCCAAUAAUAGCACAUCACUCCAUCCUGGUCUCUGGACUCCUGGUAGAUUUCAUAGGUUACCAUAGAAAUGCCAAAUUCGUUCUAAACAAAAAAGCACUUACCAUUAUUGUGUGGACGGCUUCUCACAGUGUUAAGUGUUGCUGAGACUAUCCACACAAAGAUGUAAUGGCACGAACUGUUAAAAGCUAAAGUUGACAUUAGUUAUUAA